GGCGGCCGUGUCUGGAGGGUGGCUGUCUUGCAGGGUGCCAUGGGGGACUGGAGCCUGCUGGGGAGGCUGCUGGAGCGUGCCCAGGAGCACUCCACAGUGGUGGGGAAGGUCUGGCUCACCGUCCUCUUCGUCUUCCGCAUCCUGGUGCUGGGGGCGGCCGCUGAGCGAGUGUGGGGCGACGAGCUGUCCGGCUUUUCCUGCGACACGCAGCAGCCCGGCUGCCAGAACGCCUGCUACGACAGCACCUUCCCCAUCUCCCACCUCCGCUUCUGGGUCCUGCAGAUCAUCUUCGUCUCUACCCCCAGCCUCGUGUACCUGGGCCACAUCCUGCACCUGGUGCAUCUGGAGGAGAAGGAGCGGCAGCGAGCGGCAGCGCGGGCAGGCGGCGGGGGCAGGCGGCAGCGGCCCCGGCAGCCGCGGCUCCCGGCGGGGGACACGCGGGGACGGGUCUGCAUGCGGGGGGCCGUCCUCAGGACGUACGUCUGCAACAUCGUCUUCAAGGCUCUCUUGGAAGUGGGUUUCAUCGUGGGCCAAUACGCCCUGUACGGCUUCCAGCUGAAGCCCCUCUACACCUGCAGCCGCUGGCCCUGCCCCAACACGGUCAACUGCUACAUCUCCCGGCCCACUGAGAAGACCAUCUUCAUCCUCUUCAUGCUGGGGGUGGCUUGUGUGUCUCUGCUGCUCAACCUGGUGGAAAUCUACCACCUGGGUCUCACUAAGUGCCGGCAGGGGCCAGGCCCCGAGUGCCACACCUCGCCCGGUUCCGGUGGUGCUGCGGGGCCCUGCGGCACCUCCGUCGCCCUGCCCAGCCACGGCAGCCCUACGGAUGCUGGCAGAGCCCCCCAGGGCCUGGCACCGCUGGGGAACAUGGCUGCAUGGCUGGGCGUGGGCGGUGGGUCCCAUGGGAAGGCGCGAGCAGCAGACCUGGCAGUGUGAAUGGGGGCUGCUGGGACGCUCAGGGAUGGGCAAUCCACAGGUGGCCACAGCUGUGGUUCUGUCUCUGGGCCCUGCCAGGCUCUUGGCAUUGACCCCGCCACGCCAAUGCGAGAUGGGCACGGCUCUGGUGCCACGGCUCCCUGCACUCCUGGGAGCAGUGGGACUGAGGGGAGGGCUGCGCUGGGGCAGGGGCCUGUUGGCCCUGUGGGUAGCAAAUAAA